AUGAUGAUGCCAUAUUCAAUGGGGAAGGCCUCGCUCCUGCGCCUCCUCCGAAAGGCAGAAGAGGAGCUGGCUCGGCCCCCCAUCGCCAGCGCCCAGGCCCCGGGCCCCUGCCGGGAGCCGAUGGCCCUGGGGUCCCUGGGGCCCCUGGCCAUGGCCCAGGGCUCCAAGAACACGCGGAGAGCAGCCAGCCCCAAGCGCCGCCUCCCUGAGCACCCCCAGGCGCCAUCGCGGAGAAGACCCCGGAAGCAGCCGCACCCUCGCCAGGGCAGCGAGAAAGGCGAUCCCGAGUUCAAAGGGGUGACUCUGAAGUUCCAGAUGAACCCCGACUGCAGCCUCCGAAUCUCACCUACCUACAGCCUGGCCGGUACCAGCCUCGCUCAGAAACCCUUUCCCAACCCAGCCAGGGUCCCCGAGCCCAACCAUGGUGGCAAUGAGAUCUUGGAACCCCGGCGCUGUGCUUCCUGCAGAACCCAGAGGACCCCGCUGUGGAGAGAUGCCGAGGACGGGACGCCGCUCUGCAACGCCUGUGGAAUCAGAUACAAGAAAUAUGGUACCCGUUGUUCCAGUUGCUGGCUGGUGCCCAGGAAAAGUGUCCAGGCCAAGCGUCUGUGUGGCAGGUGUGGGGUGUCCGUGGGAUCCCAUCCAGGCCCCACUCAGGAAACCUAAGUGUUUGUUCCGCCAGCUGAGUAGGUCCUGCCUCAGUUUCUCCGGGAGAAGAGAGGGCAGACCUCCUCAGAAGCCCGUCUGCUCUCAGUUACUUCCCACUCAAGUUCCCAAGUUGG